AAGUCCGAUUUACUCCUCAAAUCUCUGAAUCCCUUUAGUUCGAUGGGACCAGAUGGUACACAUCCUCGCGUGUUGAGAGAAGCCGCCUCGGUUAUUGCCCCGUACUAUUCCACCCUCCUACAAAACUGGGUUGCACCCCAGACUGCCGAUGUUCGCCUUCCUGUUCCAGAUCCGGUUGGUUUGGGCCUGAAGAAGGCUUGGGGUCUACACCCACAAUGGACAAUUUGGCUCGGGCAAUCGUUGUCGGGUGCGGCUAUAUCCACCGCUUUGACUAAAUGCGUUCGCAUUCCGGACCAGGUUGAGGAACGCAGCUCCAAUCCCACCUACAAGGUGUUUUAA